AAAGAAAAACCUUAUGUCAAACGUCAACCAUUCUUUCCCUUAAAAAGAUUGAUUUUUAAUUUGUACUCGAACCUCGAUAAUCCAUCAAACAAAAAGACGAUGGUCAAAACAAGUCUCACAAAUUUGGCCAAACGAUUGCCGAUGAUACGAUUUCGAUAUGGAAUAGGUCGUGAAUCAGCCAAAAAUAUCUCAACCAGUGAAUCUUAUGCUCAUCCCACAACAGCGGCAAGUUCUAGUUCCAUUCCACGGGGUUCGUCCGGACCAGCGAUUGAAGAUUGGCAAUUGCCAGCCCGAUAUCAACGCAAACCGAUAGACAAAUACGAAUGUGAAAUUAUUAAUCGCGGAGGGCGAGAGUGAUAAAUGUUUGAUAUUUAUGGCGAGCACAAACUGUAGAAUACUUCAGUCAAUCACAUUUAUUGUUCAAAAUUGUUAUGGAAAUACAUAGGAGCCCUAAUAGUCGGAGCGACUUUUA